AUGCAAAAGGGCACACAAGCGCUCUUAGAGACGUGCGUUGCGCUCACAGCUAAAGCAAGACUCUCAAGCUACAACAUAAGUCAAGAUAAAGUGCAUGACAUUAGUGUGUCUGAAGAACAAAUCUCACCCUUGACAGUCCUUCAGAGUCCUGACUCCAGUUCUACUCCAUCUCCAGUGGUAGGAGAUGCAAUUCCCAUUAAACCAGCAAGUGUUAUUUCAUCUGUUGACUGGCCUCCUGAAGACGACAUUGACAGAUAUGUGGGAAUCCAUCACCAACGUAGCAGUUUGUCAUCCUUGGGACCACGCAGUGAUUCCCUUGCUAGUGUUUAUUCUGGUGCUGGUGAAGGACGAUACGGCACAGUAGCUGUGAGGGGAGAAGUUGAAUUUGCAUUGCAAUAUAAUUACAAAGCUGGUGCUUUAGAAAUUCAUGUAAAGCAGUGUCGUGAUCUAGCUCCUGUUGAUGUUAAGAGAAAUCGUUCUGACCCAUAUGUAAAGGUGUACUUACUACCUGAUAAAUCAAAAAGUGGAAAGCGAAAAACUAAAGUAAAGAAGCAUACUUUGAAUCCUGUCUUUGAUGAAACACUGAAGUUCCACAUGACUCUCCAUGGACUGGAGACGAGGACAUUGUGGUUAACUGUAUGGCAUUCUGACAUGUUUGGCCGAAAUGAUUUCCUUGGAGAAGUUAUGAUGUCUCUCGAAAAUAAAGUAUUUGAUGAUCCAACUCCUCAUUGGUAUCCUCUGCAAGAAAGACUUAUUUUGCAGACUGAACCAUUUGAUGAUGUGCUAAGUUAUAAAGGAGAUGUUAUCAUUGGACUUAAAUUUGUACCACCUGAUGUAACUGUAAUGAAGAAAGGUAAACGAUCCCGAGGGGCUCUACAUGUAUUAGUUAAAGAAGCCAAAAAUUUAGUUGCUGUGAAAGCAAAUGGUUCUUCUGAUCCGUUCUGUAAAAGCUACCUAUUGCCAGAUAAAGGCCGAAGUUCAAAACAGAAGACACCAGUAAUUCGCAGGACUUGCAGUCCUGUCUGGAAUCAUUCUUUUGUUUAUGAGGAUGUUAGCCUUCAGGAGUUAUCAGAAAGAAGUUUGGAGCUUACUGUGUGGGAUCAUGAUCGCCUAGCCAGCAAUGAAUUUCUUGGAGGAGUAAGAUUUAAUUUAGGCACAGGUAAACAUUACGGAAAGUGUGUUGAUUGGAUGGAUGCAACAGGGAAAGAAAUGACAUUGUGGCAAAGCAUGUUGGAGCGACCAAAUUUUUGGGUAGAAGGUUGUCUAGCAUUGAGACCAACUCUAGAACAUCGUACAUCACAAUAAAUGAAAUAAAGUGUGCUGGAAAUUAAUGAAACAUACAUUACUGUUCUAGUGAUCUCAUUGUAUUGGCAACUGCCUUGUAAUAUUGUAGUUUUUGUUAUUUUCAAAAUAUUUACUGUGCAGUUUUAUGAAGAAUGUGAUAUUUUUGUAAGUGGGUUUUGUAUUAUUGUUUAAUAAAAUAACUCUCAGGCUACAUUGUUAUCUAGAUGUAUUUGAUUUCUAUGAUAGCUGUAACCUUGAAAGACAGUGAAUUUUGUAUUUUCUUCUUUAAUAUGAUAGAUGUAAAGAAGAAAACCAUAAAAAUUCAUUAUUUUUUUUACUUAGAAAAAAACUAAUCAUAUUAAAAUUACCUCCAAUAUUGUUAUUUUAUUUAUCACAAAAGCUUUGAUGAAAUAUCUUGAAAUAUACUGAAAUUUAGGCAUUUUGAAUUUGUUAACAAAUUAAAUGAAUCGUUAUAAACAAUUUGUAACUAGAAAAGGGACCACCGGUUAUUUUAUACACUUGCUCUCUAAUAUACUGUACUGUUCAGUUAUUAUAUUUCCAUUUGUUCAUUGAUCUUAUUAAAAUCAUUCCUUACACUCAUAAAAUUAUAUGUGGGAUGAAAUUAAAUUCUUUCAUUGACUCACGAAAUCAAAUGUGCAAGUAAUUUUAAUAUGGUUAUUUGUGGAUAGAUUAUUGUAAAUAUAAUUCUGAGUGAUGUAUAUCAUAGAUCUGUUCAAAGUUUACUCUACAUUUCAUAUUUUAUUCUUCUGUGAGGAAAACAUUUUGUGGACAGAAUAUUGCUCUAUUAAUUUUUUUGUUCAGAAUCAUUUUUAAUGAACAUUUGUAGUAAUCUCUGUUAACUAAUAAAACUAUUUUUAAGAGUUUGGUCCAUAUAUAAAUUUGUGCAAUGUUAAUUUUGUUUCUUAUUGUGUACAUUAAAUUUUUGAGGUUAUUCGGGUGUUCCACCCCGUAAUUUAGAUAUAAAAUUGCACAUUAUUAAAAAUGUUCCUCUCCUUCAUAUUUUGUGUUUUAAAAAAUGUAUUUAAUACUAUGUAUAUACAUUCUAAGAGAGCAAAUCAAAAUAAGAAAUUGAAGUAAAAGAGG